CGGAGAAUAACAAGGUUUCCUCUUCACACCGUUGCAUCCAACCAUGUCUAUUAGCUAAUUAGUCCGCGUAAAUUCAACCGCGUUUAGGGGUUAUAUGAGCUUUAUUUCUUAAAAAAAUAAAAUAAAAUAAAAAAAACACCAGGCAGAAUCGACGCUGUAGUUCAGGAAGCUUGAGCAGCUUAGCCGAGUUAGCAUGAGUACUGAGUUAGCUGUGAAAGCUAGCUAUGCUAGAAGCUGAUGAAACACGCAAGGUGUCAAAGCAAAAGAUCUCAGCCGAGGAUGUGAUGCGAGAUUCAGCGCCACACCAGAUCAGUAAGAGCUGUCACUGAGCAGUACCAGGAGAGAGAGAGAGAGAGAGAGAGAGAGAGAGAGAGAGAGAGAGAGAGAGUGAGUUACAUCCCGGGUGGGAUUCAGCGUCUCCGGGUUUGUGGAGGUGUAUGGGACGCAGCAGGAUGUCGGAUUCUCUCCUCCUGACGUUUCAGACUCAGCUCUCCGGGGUGAUGGAGACCAUCCUGAGAUCAGCCCUGUGUGAAAUCACCAGGCUGGUGGAGGGAAGCUUCUUAGAGGAGAUCGGUCGCGGGAAACAAGACGCGGAAGUUUUGAGACGAAGAUUGCAAAUCUUGGAAAGUAAACUCGGCGAGAGAGAGAGAGUGAAGAGAGUAAGAUGUACAGAUUGCGGCAGAACCGGACUCUCCAAGAAGGACACGACUGCGAGAGACCCCAGGAGGCAAAGUGAAGGUGUGGACUUGAUUUCUGUUACAAAGGAGGAGGGUGUGUCUGAAGCAGGCAGGAGGAUGUGUGAGAAGGGAAGUAUGUCAUCAGGUCAAGAGGCAACGUCAACCAUCCCUGACCCUGAACUUAAGACUCAAGUAGAUGGAGCGAAUGUUGGCGGGGCGGUGAAGGAAGAGGUAGCAGAGGCCUCGGGCGUGCAGAUCUUCUCAACGGCACACUCUCACACCACAGCAGAUCACAGAGUAUCACAGAGCCACAGUGCUGGUGAGACAUCAGGCGUCCACACAUCUCAGCCUGAGCACUGGCUCCCUCAGAGAGACAAAUUACCCAGCACCAGUGCUGGGAAUCAGGAGUCAGUGAAACAGAAAGCACAAUCAAAAAAGCCUGACUCUAAAACAGAGCACCUAGUGCAUACAUCUCACUCGCAGUCUGAGCUUACGGGGCCUGCGCCAUCCUCAGUGUCCCCCACUGUGAGCACGCAGGCAGGCACUCCAGAAUCAGUGGCCAUUAAACAGGAAGUUGUAGUGGUACUUCCCCCAGAAUGGGAAGAGUUGGACAGGGCAAGGACAGGGACCAGCAGGGUAAGUCAGGUACGGGAAGACCUUGAGCACAGAGAUCCUCUCCCUACAGGAACGUCUGAGGAAAGACGUGCGGUCUAUCCAGUACCGUGUGGUAAGGAAUGCCUGUCGUCUCAGGUCACACAGCAACUCGGCAUGCUGGGUAAAAAACAGCCCAAACCUGCUGAACACGCUAGUGUGCUGCCGUCAAGUUCUACCACUGUGAACGUGUCCAGGGGACAUUCGCUCCACAAGAGUCCUCCUCUGCCUAAACCCUCUCAGGCACUUCCACAACUGCAGCGCGCCUACGCAGACGAGAGAGCCGUCAGUGCCUUGCAGUCUGGAAGAAAUAUCCCACAGGCGAUCGGCGUUAGGACUCAUGGCCACGUUGGGCACCAUAUGGUGAGGACACCGCACAUCUGCUCGCAGUGUGGAAAGGGCUUCUCGCACCUCUGCCACCUGAGAGCUCACCAACAGAUCCACACCGGAGAGAGGCAGUUCUGCUGCGGACUGUGCGGCCGCAGUUUCACCAAACUCAGCAACCUGAAAGCACAUCGCAGGGUCCACACGGGAGAAAGACCCUACAUCUGCAUGGACUGUGGAAAACGGUUCACGCAGAAAUGCAAUUUAAAAAGACACCAGAGGAUUCAUUCUGCUCACCUGUGACAACUGGUUUAGUGAAGAUCAUCUGCCUGACUGUGCUUGCUAAAGCGUAAAGAGGUUUUGUGGUUAUAGUGUGUAACUAUUCUAUUGUGCAGCUGUCUCUUGUUUUCUAUAUGGGUGUGUGGAUAAUUGGGCUGGGCGAUAUGGCAAAAAUAUCAUCACGAUAUUUUUCUUCAUAUUAUUCGAUACCGGUAUUUAUCACGAUACAUGUUCACAUUUGUACAUUGCCCAUUUUUUUCUAGAAUUUCCAAGUUGCCAGCCAUAGUACUUUGAAAAGAAAGAAAUAGAAAUCCUAAACAGUCAGAACAGUAUCUUUAAAACUGCAUUGUGGGCCAAGAGACAGACAAAGCAAAAGGUUAAAAUAUUUUAUAGAGUUCAUCAAUUCGAGUGCCGUUGGAUAUGAAUAUUAAAAGAUAUGAUGAUCAUUUUUAAAGCUUCAUAAGAGCAGUCUGGUAUUUGAAUAUGUUUUCAGAUAUAUGUAUAUUUAUAUAUCUAAGAAGGAGGCCUUGUGACCUUGUGAGGAACGAUACUGUAUUAAGGUCCAGGGGAGAGAAAAUGUAGAAAAGCUUGAGUGGACCAUUGUUAUAUUUUCCUUAAAGUGAGAAAGACACGACUGUCUAUUACUAUAGUCAUUUUACUUGUCUUCACUUGUCAUCCAUGACAUGUCUGAAUAAUGUUCAAGUUAGAAGGGAGAAACGUUAUGGUAUAAAGGCACUCUGGAACCACGUUAACUUGUGCAGCAUAUCAUGUCCAGUCACGUGUUGGGAAAAUAGGCAACAUGGGCUUAUAUGCAAUCUGAGGGGGCCUCCGACCAAUCGUCUGCUCGCAGAAGAACUGCUCAGUGCGCUUCCCUUUAUAAGAUGUAAUAAACGAGAAGGCGGUGCAACCGCAGAAGCAGUCCAUCUGGCGCAUGCUGACGCAGAAGAAAGGUUCCGCUGAUGUUAGUCUAAAGGUAGGAUAUAGUCUAAAUAUCCAUACUUCCUCAAAAGCUUAUCAUCGAUAUAGUGGAUUUUUUUUGUCAUGAUAAAUAUCAAGAUCGUUUUAGCGCCCAGCCCUAGUGAAUAACUUCUCCAUGUCUUUUCCAUAUAUGUAAGCAAUAUUGUGCUCAAGACCAUGCAUAGUGUAGUCUUUUUCCCUAAGUCAUACAAUGUCAUGAAGUGGCACCACUAUGAAUUAUGAAUAAAGGACCUUUUUUCAUA